AUGCUGUGUUUUUCCUUUCUUUCUAAAGGUGGUCAUGAGCCAUACAUUGAAAUAUGUGAGCAGCCUAGGCAGAGGGGGAUGCGUUUCCGGUACCAAUGUGAAGGGAGAUCAGCGGGCAGCAUUCCCGGAGAACACAGCACCGAUAUCAACCGGACUUUCCCAUCCUUACAGAUUUUGAACUACGUUAAGAAAGUAAAAAUCAGAAUAACGUUGGUAACCAAGAACGAGCCCUACAGGCCUCAUCCCCAUCGGCUGGUCGGAAAAGACUGCGAAAACGGCUACUACGAAGCUGAAUUUGGGCCGGAACGCAGAAUCCUGAUUUUUCAGAAUCUGGGCAUCCAGUGUGUGAAGAAAAAAGAGAUCAAAGAAUCCAUCAUCUCCCGCAUUGCAAAGGAGAUCAACCCCUUUAGUGUAUCUGAAGAGCAGCUGCUGGCCUUCGAAGAGUACGACCUCAGCGUAGUGAGGCUGUGCUUCCAGGCUCUCCUUUGCGACGAACACGGCAACUGCACCUUCCCUCUGCCUCCCGUCAUCUCCAACCCUAUUUAUGACAACCGUACCCCCAAGUCUGCAGAACUGAGAAUUUGCCGUGUGAACAAGAAUUGCGGAAGUGUGAAAGGAGGAGACGAAAUUUUCCUCCUGUGUGACAAGGUUCAGAAAGACGACAUCGAAGUGAGGUUUGUCACGAAUGACUGGGAAGCCAAGGGGGUUUUCUCGCAAGCGGAUGUGCAUCGCCAAGUUGCUAUCGUCUUUAGGACCCCUCCCUUUCACAGAGACAUCUUCGAACCCGUCACGGUGAAGAUGCAGUUGCGGAGACCCUCGGAUCAAGAAGUCAGCAACUCUAUGGACUUCAGAUACCUGCCAGAGGAAAGAGAUCCUUAUGGCCAUAAGGCAAAAAAACAGAGGUCCCCAAUGGCUUUACAAAAGCUCAUCCAAGACUAUGGUCCGUAUGAGAGGCCUAAAGCUGCUGCAUUCCAGACUUCCACCAAUGAAGGAAAGAUAAUUAAGAAAGAACUGCAUAUGUUUCACCCCCAACCUGAAGUUGUCACCCCAGUGCAGAGAACAACUGUGAACACCCCUCCAGUGCAGUCCUUUUAUCCCCCUCCCAUCAGCAACCUCAGUCCCAACGGACGCCCGACCCCACCUUUACAGAUGUCGGGGCCCAUAAAGCAGGAUGGAGCCCUUCCACCAUGCUGGCGUUCCUCAGCUUCGCCCCUCAGUGUUUUCCUGCAGCAGAGCAACUCCCUGGGAGAUGCGUUGCAUCUUCACAUGCAGAAUGGCGUUUCUCCAUCACCGGGGCCGGAAAAUAGCCUGAAAUGGCCCAAUCAAAAGGACAGGAACAUGUACAGAGGCUUCCUCGGUGCAAGGAAUGGCCAGGCAGCAUCAUUAUCGUCAUCGCCGUCGCCAUCCAUGUCUCAUCAAGACAUGUUGAAUGUCUCCAGCACUGUCUCCAGCCAGCCUAUUCAUCCUGUCAAUGUCGAGAUGCCCAAUGGCAUCAGCAUGGAGAUGGAAGAAGCCAGGUGCCCAAGCGUAUCCCUGGAAAAGGGGUCCUUCACGCAAGUUCAAAAUCCGAGUGAUCCUAGGAGGCAGGUCCAGCCAUCGCUGCAUCCUGGUACGUCAGGAGCAGCAGAUUACAGUUCAUCUUUGAAUUCCAGUACCUUUGAGACGAUUAAUUUCCACUAUCUGGAUAGCCUCAAUGACAUGAGACCACCUAGCAACGCUGCCCUUCAGAACCCGACCCAUAUGUCUCAUAACCAGUUCUUUAGUCCAUAUAGCACCCAAGACGAAGAGUUCCUCGACUCUUUUGGGGGAAAUUUCGAUGGCAUACUUUAA